AUGAAUUCAUCAACGUCUGAGAAUCUUUGCCGCCGAUUUUCACUUGGUGAACUCAACUUAGCCACCGGAGAUUUCAACGACGAGCAUGUGAUUGGAAAGGGUGGUUUUGGCAAAGUCUACAAAGGCUUCAUUCAUAAUGACUCAAUUAUUGUGGCCAUAAAGCGGCGGCUAGCGUCGGAUCCCAGCCAAGGCCAACCGGAGUUUGCUGCCGAGAUUGAAACACUAAGUAAGUUCCGACAUCGUAAUCUAGUCUCUCUUAUUGGGUACUGCGAUGAAGACGAAGAGAUGAUUCUUGUUUAUGAAUACAUGUCUAAGGGAACGCUGGCUGAUAACUUACAUAAUCAGUCGACACUCUCUUGGAAGGAACGACUUAAGAUAUGUAUUGAAGCUGGCCGAGGUUUGGACUAUCUUCACUCCGGUUGCUCCACUAACCAAUUUUGCAGUCGUGGCACUAAUCUCAUUCUCAAACAACCCUCUCUUCUCUUCCAUUUCCCCUUCAAGGUCAUGCUUUUGAAUCUCAAAUGCAGUCUUGCCCUCUUCAACACGGCUUAA